AUGACGCGUCCGGCGGUGCCGCUGGGCGCCCUGCCGCUGACGGCCAUCGUCGCGGCAAGCGCACGCAAUGGCAUCGGUGCUCGUGGCACGCUCCCAUGGCGUCUCUCUAAAGACAUGGCGUACUUUCGAGCCAUUACGCGCCAUGUCGUCGAGCCGGAGCAUGACGACGACGUGAUGCGCCGUGCGGGCUAUGUGCGCCAGCCCAUCCCGCUCAAAAAUGCUGUCAUCAUGGGACGACAUACGUGGGAUAGUAUUCCGCCGCGGUUCCGGCCUCUGCGUGAUCGGAUCAACGUCGUGGUCAGCACAACCAUGACGCAGCAUGAUCUGGGCCUGGCCGAGCCUGACGACGACACGCUCAUCGCGAGAUCUCUGGAAGAUGCUGUGACUCUUUUGGAGGAGCGACGAUCGUGGCGAUAUACCCAGCGACCUGCAUGUGCGGGCUCAGCGCUCGCUCACACAUUUAUCAUUGGCGGUGCUGCCUUGUACCACCACGCCCUUACAUCUACCAGUGACCACUGGUACUUGGACGGACUACUAGUGACUCGAAUUCAGGAGCCGGCCGAUCUGCACGAAAAGUGCGACGUCUUUUUCACCGAGUUUCGCACACCGGCGCAAAUUGAGUGGGAGCAGCGACUUUUCCAGGGCCCCUGUCCCACACCAGCUACAUGGACGCUCGCUUCGGCAGACACGCACGUAGCGCGCUUUCCAUGCAUUGCGCCUGGAGAUGUCGCGCCCGGCUUGGAAGAGCAGGGCAUGCUCUUUCAGUUCCAAUACUGGCAGCGUACAUAG